AUAGACACAUACGACAUUUUCUGAUACGCGUAGCGUCUCAUUUUCUACCGAAUUUUUGUUAUAAAUCAACAAAGAGAAGAAGAAAAGAAUCAAAAUCAAUCAAUUUUCUAACAUUAAGCGACGAAAAGUAUAUUCGAGCAGAGCACCAUGGGAAUCUGUAUGUCUUGUACAUCUUCUAGUAAUCCUGACGAAAGCAUUAUACAUGAAAAUGCAGUUAUUAUAGAUUCCAGGUCUGACGGAACCCCAAAAUUGAUUGGUUCUGUUUAUUCGCAGAAAGGUGAUAAAGCAACAAACCAAGAUUCUGCCAUACUUCAACAGGGUUUUGGUGUGAAUGAUGGAGCUUUAUGUGGAGUAUUUGAUGGACAUGGAAGGAAUGGUCAGGUUGUGAGUAAAUUAGUCAGAGAAUUGUUACCCAGUUUAUUGUUGGACCAGAAGAAUUCGUCGACUAAUGGAGAAGAUUAUGUUGAGGACUGGAGUAAAGCUUGUAUUGGUGCUUACCAAGUGAUGGAUGAUGAACUUCGAAGUCGAGAAAACUUAGAUUGUUCUUGUAGUGGUUCUACUUCCGUUACCAUCAUAAAACAGGGUGCAGAUCUUAUUCUUGCUAAUCUCGGUGAUUCAAGGGCUGUACUAGGGACUAGUUCUGAUAAUGGUGAACUAAUGGCUGUUCAGCUAACAACUGAUCUAAAGCCUAGUGUACUAGAGGAAGCUGAAAGAAUACGGAGCCGUAGAGGUCGAGUUUUUGCACUUCAAAGAGAAGCUCAUAUUGAACGUGUAUGGUUACCUGACGAGGAUUACCCUGGACUUGCCAUGACAAGAGCUUUUGGAGAUUUCGAGCUCAAGGAUUAUGGAAUAAUAGCCAUUCCACAAAUCUCACAUUAUCAUCUAAACAUCAAUGACAAGUUCGUUGUUCUUGCAUCUGAUGGGGUGUGGGAUAUGCUAAGUAAUGAUCAAGUUGUGUCGAUCAUGUCCUCAGCAAGACCAGAAACAGCAGCCGAAGCAGUGGUAGAUGCCGCUGUUGUUGGAUGGAAACGGUUUCCGCAUAUCAAAAUGGAUGACAUCUCUGUAUCCUGCAUGUUCUUCCAUGAGAUAUCACAAAAUCUGUAAACAGUUCUAAGUAAUAGCUAAAUGAUGCAACAUUUUCAGUACUAUUGUUUACCAGCUAUAUGACCUUUCAGCAUUCUCUAGGGAAUACAAUUUCUAUUUCUAUUUCUUUCCCUGGCAGACUGUAAUGCAGUACAUGGAAUACAAUAACUUGACAAAUACAGUUUCUCUGCCUGACAUUAUAACUGCAAACCUCAUUGUUAACUUUAGGGAAGAAAAAGAAGCGCUGUUUUGCUACAACCUUGAAAACUAAGAAUUCAAUCCAAAAAGAAAAGCAAUCUGAAAGAACUAAAAUCUUAAUAUUCGCAAAACUUCCUUCCAGUUAUACUAAUAGCUAGACAAAAUAAACAC